GUGCAACUUCUUAAACGUGUUUUUCGUUCUCGUGAGCGAGGGUGUGAUGCUUGACUGCCUGCCCCCGUGACAAAUCUUUGACGUCUUCAUCCGGGACACUUCCACCAGACCACUCUCCAACAUGGCGGCGUCAGCUAAGAAGAAUAAGAAGAAGGGAAAGACCCUGACUCUGAAUGACUUCCUUGCGGAUGAUAGCGGUGGCAAUGCACCCCCCAGUUACCCCAGCGCUAAGACCACCAGCUGGGCAGACGAGACCGAUGACUUGGAUGGAGAUGUCUCAACUUCCUGGCAUACCGUGGAGGAUACGUAUCGAGCUCCUCCCAUUGACCGCUCCAUCCUGCCAACUGCGCCUCGUGCAGCACGGGAACCAAACAUUGACCGCUCUCGGCUGCCACGCAGCCCACCCUACACCGCCUUCCUCGGUAACCUUCCCUACGACGUCAGCGAGGAAUCCAUCAAAGACUUCUUCAGGGGCCUUGCGAUCAGUGCAGUACGUUUGCCACGGGAGCCUAAUAACCCAGAGAGGCUUAAGGGUUUUGGCUAUGCAGAAUUUGAUGAUGUUGAAUCCCUCUUGCGUGCUCUCAGUCUAAAUGAGGAGAAUCUUGGGAACAGACGGAUCCGGGUGGAUAUCGCAGAUCAAUCCAAUGACAAAGAGAGGGACAGUGGGUCAAUGAUGGGGCGAGACAGGGAUAGAGAUCGAGGUCGUGGGAUGGACAGUGGCCCUGAUAAGACAGAUUCUGAUUGGAGGGCACGGCCGAGCGGGGACCAGGAUGAUGGACCACGCAGAGAUGAUGGAUAUGGUGACAGGUCACGUGACCGUUAUGAGUCAGACCGUUUCAGAGAUGCUCCAAGACGUGAUGAUCGUUUUGACAGCGGCCGGGAUCGCUUCAGUGGUAGAGAUCGCUACGAUGAUAGAGAGCGAAGAGAUCGCUUUGAUGACCGAGACCGAAGGGAUCGCUACGAUGACCGAGGAAGCAGAGACUAUGAUCGUGGAGGUUUUGACUCACGUGGUGGUGGAGCAUGGCGAGGAUUCAGCAGUGGCUUCAGACGAGACCAUGAUGACCGGCGAGAUGGAGAUCGAGAAGAGCGUUCAGACAAGAGGGAUGAUGGACGAGAAGAGAGAGGCCCUCCACAGAGACCCAAGUUAAACCUGAAGCCACGGAGCAUCCCAAAAGAAGAGGAACCGAGUGGAAGCUUGUCUCCACAGGGUAACACUGCUAAUUCCAGCAGGGCUUCUUCUAUAUUUGGGGCAGCCAAACCUGUGGACACAGCCGCCAAGGAGAGAGAGGUGGAGGAGAGGCUGAAGAAAGAACAAGAACGACUCCAGAAACAGUUGGAAGAGGACAAGAACAGGGCUUCAGAGAGACGACCCCGAGACAGAGACUCGAGUUGGAGAAAUGAAGAACCGCCUAAAGAGCGUCAACGGACAGGAAGUGAAUCCUCGCAACCUAAAGGAUCUAGGUGUCAAGAUGGUGAACAUUCAGAGAAUGAAGUCUUCAGUGGACAAGAGGAUGAGCCGAUCUCUCCUGCAAGUCCACCACCCUCUUCCAAUCAGGGAGGACUUCCACUGAAAGUAAUGCCUGCUCCUCCACCUAAAGAGAACGCCUGGGCCAAACGCAGCACAGGGGGUGGUGCUAAUGAGAAGGAAGGACCUCCCUCAGCUGCCCCUAGCAACAAAAGCUCUCUUAAACCCAACAGGUCACCUGAAGAGCACGUAUUGGAUGAAAACCGGGUUGAUGGCGUUCGAAGAGAUAAAGUGGUGCCUCAGGGAAGAGGAGGAGGAGGAGGAGGAGGAGGAGGAGGAGGAGGUGUAGUUGUUGGGAAAGGAGGGGGUCGGGGAAGAGGAGUUGACUGCCCAAACAAAGACAAACGGAGAGAACCUGCAGACAGGAAGGAGGGCAGACGGGAAAGAGAUCCCAGAAUAGCCUCAGAACCAAAGAAAUAUGAAGAGAGCGCUCCUCCUCAGUUCAGCUCCGUAAGUAAGUAUGCUGCCCUACUAAUGGAUGGAGACCAGGGAGAAGAAGAUGGAGAGGAAUGAACAAUUAGCAAGGACCAGCUAACUAUAGAAACACAGAACAGAAGAAAAAAAAGCAACUGAAUGAUCAAAUGAGGGGUUAAAUUAUGUGUUUCCUCAUGCUGAGGGAGAGGCGUAUCUUAAGGGGAUGAUGGCCAACGUACCCACAAUACUGUUCUUGUUCACGUUUAUGGAAAUUUAUACUGGUGUUCCUAAAACUGGCCCAUUUUAAUUAAAGAUAAAAAUAAAUCAAAUCAGUGCAGUACUUAGAUAAAUGCAUUCAUACAUGUAGACAUUUGAAAAUCAUUGUUAAUUUGAAAGUCAUUGUUAUAAUAAAAAAAAUGUAAGAUACUGUAA